UUAUUUUAUGACUUUAAAACUUUCUGGCCAUUAAAUUUAAAGAAGCUUUUAUUUUUCAUAUAAUUUUUAAGUUAUUUUAAGUUUAAUGAAUUUUCCCAUAAAUUAGAUCUCAAGAAGAACCAGUGUGUGAGGGUCAUAAGUGUAUUACCCGGUGGUAGGAGAGGCUGACAAGAGUCUAACCCUAGUAAUUGGGACUGUGUCAUAUUUGAAUAGUCAUUUGCUUAACAACAACAAAAAAAACACCACAUUGCCAAAAUGCUAAAUAAGAUACAGACACCAAAGUCAUUACAACCAGAAAAUCAAAGGCAGCCAGGUAAGUCUAAAAUACCAUCGACUCUGGUGCCAGCGAGGGGACUGCUGAAAUUUCAGGUUCCGGCGGCGUGCCCACACUCGCCGCGGGGGAGCAGGGGCAGCGCUCAGAAUCAUCUGUUCGCAGUCUGGCCGGGACUGGGGCCUCAGCCCUGCCCCCGGGAGAUGAGCUGGUGCCUGAAAGUUACUGAGAAACGAUCGCCGCAGAAAGCCGAAAUGCCCAGGCUUCCCGUGCACGCUGACAGCCAAACAGAAGGCUCUUUCCAUUUGCAGUUUUUUUUAGUGUCAUUUUAAGUUGCAGCUUCCGGCCAAUCAGCGGGCUCCCUGCCUGCUGACAUCACGCGGCAGCCAGUUCCCUCCAGCUGCAGAGCUUCAGUUUGUCUUUUUUUUUUAAACUAAAAUGGAGGCUGCUUUCUUGCCUUAAGGAGCCCAUUGCCUUCCCCGCCGAGUCUAGAUGUUGACAUGUAAUAAAGCGGGGGGCAGGAUGGUGGUGGAUGCGGCCAACUCCAAUGGGCCUUUCCAGCCUGUGGCCCUUCUCCAUAUUCGAGAUGUUCCCCCUGCUGAUCAAGAGAAGCUUUUUAUCCAGAAGCUACGCCAGUGUUGUGUCCUCUUUGACUUUGUCUCCGACCCCCUGAGCGACCUGAAGUGGAAGGAGGUGAAGCGGGCCGCUCUGAGCGAGAUGGUGGAGUACAUCACCCACAAUCGCAACGUGAUCACGGAGCCCAUCUACCCGGAGGUGGUCCACAUGUUUGCAGUCAACAUGUUUCGAACGUUACCACCUUCCUCCAACCCCACGGGAGCAGAAUUUGACCCAGAGGAAGACGAGCCAACGUUAGAAGCAGCCUGGCCUCACCUACAGCUUGUUUAUGAAUUUUUCUUAAGAUUUUUAGAGUCUCCAGAUUUCCAACCUAAUAUAGCGAAGAAAUAUAUUGACCAGAAGUUUGUAUUGCAGCUUUUAGAGCUCUUUGACAGCGAAGAUCCUCGAGAGAGAGAUUUUCUUAAAACUACCCUUCACAGAAUCUACGGAAAAUUCUUAGGCUUAAGAGCUUACAUCAGAAAACAGAUAAAUAAUAUAUUUUAUAGGUUUAUUUAUGAAACAGAGCAUCACAACGGGAUAGCAGAGUUACUGGAAAUACUGGGAAGCAUAAUCAAUGGCUUUGCCUUACCCCUCAAAGAAGAGCACAAGAUUUUCCUACUGAAGGUGUUGCUGCCUUUGCACAAAGUGAAGUCUCUGAGCGUCUACCACCCCCAGCUGGCGUACUGUGUCGUGCAGUUUCUGGAGAAGGACAGCACCCUCACGGAACCAGUGGUGAUGGCACUUCUCAAGUACUGGCCCAAGACCCACAGCCCAAAAGAAGUGAUGUUCUUGAACGAGUUAGAAGAGAUCUUGGACGUGAUCGAGCCCUCGGAAUUUGUCAAGAUCAUGGAGCCGCUCUUCCGGCAGCUGGCCAAGUGCGUCUCCAGCCCGCACUUCCAGGUGGCGGAGCGAGCGCUGUACUACUGGAACAACGAGUACAUCAUGAGCCUCAUCAGCGACAACGCCGCCAAGAUCCUGCCCAUCAUGUUCCCGUCCCUGUACCGCAACUCGAAGACCCACUGGAACAAGACAAUCCACGGCUUGAUAUACAACGCCCUGAAACUCUUCAUGGAGAUGAACCAAAAACUGUUUGACGACUGCACUCAGCAGUUCAAAGCAGAGAAACUGAAGGAGAAGCUAAAAAUGAAAGAACGAGAAGAAGCGUGGGUUAAAAUAGAAAACCUAGCCAAAGCAAACCCGCAGUACACAGUGUAUAGUCACACGAGCACCGUGAGCAUCCCGGUGGCAAUGGAGACAGAUGGGCCCUUGUUUGAAGAUGUGCAGAUGCUGAGAAAGACAGUGAACGAAGAGGCUCGCCAGGCACAGAAGGACCUGAAGAAGGACCGGGCCCUGGUGCGCCGCAAGUCCGAGCUGCCUCAGGACCUCCACACCAAGAACGCCUUGGAGGCUCACUGCAGAGCCGACGAGCUGCUGUCCCAGGACGGCCGCUAGCCGCCCGCCCUGGCCGCUGGCGCGUCCCGGGUCCUGUAGAAAACACACACUUUCGUGCCAUACAGAUCAGUCACACUCAGAGUCAGAGCUUUCUCGCCCCGUCCUCUAGGCAGUAGCGCGCCCCGCCCCCGCCCCAGAGCAGGAGUUCGAACGACGGUGCCGCGGACGCAGGCAGCGCCACCGCAGCCGCCGCGGCGGUGUCCCCGAUUCGGAGCUAAGGCGAGCACCCUGGUCAUCACCCUCACCUUCUCCCCGAACGGAACUCGCGAUCGUUGAAAAUAGGUGGUUCUUUGAGAAUAUCAAUGUUUUUCAAAUCAAAGGAACACUUUUAAAAAGUAUUUCGUAUUUUUAAGAUUCUACAACCUUUGAAAUUGUUUCCAUGUGAUUGUUUACACCAGCAGUUUCUUCUUUCUUUUUCUCCCACUGUCAUGGAACUGCUUCUUUGCUGUCAUUGCUCUAACGUGGACGAUGGCACAUAACUGUCCCCGGAGCAGGUUUUUCCUGAGUCUCCUUUACUUUGAGUAGCGACAGGGGCACCGUGUCCGACUCCUUUCGUGUCUUUCUAAAGCCAUAGCUGCCCGUCUGCCCACACCAGGACUCCAGCAGGGAGCUCGCGGGAGGGGUUUGUUCGACACGGAGCUUUCUGUCUCCCUUGGCUAGAAUUGGAAUUUUUAAAACAAUGUGUUCAUCCUGGGGUUUGCCGAUGUUUUUUUUUUUUCACUUCUUACACAGUGUGUCCUUUAACAAGGCUCUCGAGUUAGUAUUAACAUUAGAGUCUUAAGAGCCCUCGCGCUUUGUAGAAAGCCGGGAUGAGCGCAUUUCGAGAAGCCAGUGCUCGGCCGAGCGCGAACCGCAGCCGCCUCCGGGCCAAGGUAACAAAAGUCACGCCCUGCGCGCCGGGCGCUGGCGCGCGCUCGGGGCUCCGCGGGCGGGCCGGACGGCGAGGGUGGCCGCAGCUGAGUCCUGCUGAGCCGAGCACACGCCCCACACACGCUCGAAAGGAAAACCUAGUGUCUGGCUCUCCUCCAACGCUGCUACCUGUCUCACGCCUUCCUUGCAUGUACUGAGCUUUCGUUUCGAUGGAAUAGCACGAGGAAAUAUCCUUUAAACUUAGUACUUUGUCUGUUCUUUAUUUCUCUCAGGGUGGCCAGUAUUUUGACUUAUUUUAUCCUGCUUGAAAGCUGUUUGAGACGUGCACUGCUAUUCUACACAAACGACCCUAGUUUCUUUUGUCUGCGGCAUAAGAUUGUAUAGGCUGAUGAUGUUAACUGUCUGGAUGCACAAAAGAUAAAAUGUGGCUUCUUUUACGAUCCGUCUUCUAGUCGAGGUCUUGGCAUCUACUCACGUUGUGCAAGCAGACGUCGUCCCCGCCACCGAAGCCCACGGGCGGGCGGCGCGCGUGUCCUGGGCCUGGGGGCAGGGCCCCGGGGGUGGGGGGAGGGGCCCCUUGCGUGGGGCGCACGCGCCGCCUCGGAGAGAGCCCGGCGCAGGCGCGGAGCCCGCUCGGCGAGCAGACGCACUUCCUGAGACACUUGAGCAGCCUCCGUCCGUUUCACCACGAUGAAAUUCGCCGUUUUUCACAAGUCUGGAUGCCUUCUCCUCUCGAGGGAAAAAGGGUGCUUUCUACUGUAUGCAGCAGUGUCCUGCGUGCUCCGACGCACCGUCGUUUGAACCUCGUCCUCGGCCGGCGCGCGCGGACAGCCUGGGCCGCGGUGUUCGGGUGUCUGCCCGCGGGGGGGCCCCCCGGGAAGGCGCUUGGGACCCCCCCCCGGGGGGAGGGGCAGCAAAACGCCGCUGUCCGGGGGCCGGCGGGAUGCCCAAGGCAUGAGAACGUCCUCCGUCUAGAUUUCACUUCUGCUCUUUAUCGAAGACAAACAUUCACCAAAAAGGGGGAGAAAAGGUUUUGAGAGAAACUAAUUUUCUUUGACGAGAGUAUUAUUUAAUAUUUUGGCCUAUUCGAGUUUUCCUAGUUAGUAUUCAGGUUUCCUGUGCUAAUUGUUCAACUUAUAUAUAUAUUAUUAUAUAGAUACACUGUUUAUUCUGUACCAGACUGAUUCCAAAAGUACCACGUCGACAAUAAACCGGUGACUGUUUUUCUUCAUAAAGCUCGGGUUUGGCAUCUCACUCUUUCCGAAACGUGUCUGUACGUCAGGAACGUCGCUGUUCCGAGUGUCCGUUUAGUGUGGCUUUAGUAUGGCUUCCUUUUAAUAUUGUACAUACAUUGUAUCUUUGUUUUAUGGUAAUAAGUAAUAAAAUGUAGACUUCAUAUUUUGUACAAAAUGUCCUAUGUACAGAAUAAAAAAAUUCAUAGAAACAGCAAAAAUAGGUAAGUGGCACAAUUAUUUUUCUUUAGAAAAUAUCUGUAACUUUAUGCUUUAGUGAAAUGUUAAGUACCUACAUAUUUUUUAACAUUUUGUAACUCAAAACUUUUGGUUUUGACAUUGUUUAUGAAGAGAGACUUCAUACACUUGCCAUUUAAUAUGCUCUUUUAUCUAAUUUUAAAAGACUCUAAAAACGGUGUACUAUAUGGACUGAAUAAAGAACAUGUGAGUUUUACUGCUCA